UUUGUGGGGUGUUGUGCAGGUUCUUAAUUAGAAUCAUGAUAUUGUUGUGACAUUGGGGUGUAAUAUAAUCUCAAAAUGGCGAAGCGCACAGGACUGACAGGAGUGGAAAACCAAUUUUGCGUUGUUCCAAGAAAGUCUAUAAAACUUCUCGGUGAGUCGGUUGGGAUUGGUUAUCUGUCCAGCGAAGUUGCUGCAACAUUGGCCGAGGAUUCCUCUUACAGAAUACGUCAAAUAGUUAAGAAUGCCAACCAAUUUGUGCACCACAGUAAAAGAGAUCAUAUGACAGGGGAAGAUAUAAACAGGGCCUUGUUUUGGAGUCAUGUUGAGCCAAUUUAUGGAUAUGGUUCAAAGAACAGCAAUAUAUUCAGUAGCAUAUCAACAAAGGAUGGAGAUCUAUUCUUUCAUGAAGAUAAAGAAAUCAAUUUAAGAGAACUUGCAUUUUCAAAAGGAUUCUCUUCAUUAAAUGAACUUGGCAGCAGCGAUAUCAAUGUCGAAGUUUCAGUAUUAGAUAAAAAAGUUGUUAAAAGUGAUGGUCAAGCACAAGCUCAAGGUGACAAUCAACAAUCUGCUGUCAAACACCCUGAAUUUGACAGUCUUAAACCAGUUCUAAAGACCUACUAUAACCAAGUGAUGAGAAAUAUAAUCACAGGCAAUGAUAAAGCAGUUAAGGUCAUUCUUACUGAUGUAAAGACCAAUCAAAGAGGACAAAUUCUUCUUCCAUACUUUGUUCAUUUUUUGACAACUGCGAUGCAAUCCUUGGAUAAAGAUAUCCCAAAACUUUUAAGAAUAUUUGAUUUUAUCAAAGCUUUGGUGGACAACAAGCAUCUUUAUCUUAAACCCUACGUUGUUGAGCUUGUAAGAGCAGCAAUGUUCUGUUUGAUUGAAAAGCCUGUUUCUAAAGUUUCUGCAAGCUGGAUAGAUGACUGGGCCUUACGAAACAGGGCAGCUCUAACACUCUGUCAUAUUGAUAGAAAGUGCAAUAAUGCUGGAAACUUGCUUCAUCUCCAACUAUUACGAAAUUUAAAAGAUAUUUACCACGCGACUGACAGACCAUUGCAUUCUCAAUAUGGCGCGAUUACUGGCUUAGCUAUGCUUGGAGAUCAUGCUAUUGAACAAACUAUAUUCCCACACAUGAAAGAGUUUUGUGAAAACUUAAGGAAUCUCCAGGAAAAAGAUGUAGCACGAGAAGAACUUAUUCAAAUUCUUCAUAUUUUAGAAAUUUUGAAGAUCAGUACGAUGUCAAUAUUUCGUGCCAAGUUGAGAACUAUUGCUACGCUUCGUGAAAAGCAAUUCCAAAUACAGAAGACCAGAGGUAAUGCCACAAACACGCCGGCGGACAAACACAGCAAAUUAGGUCUGGUGGAUCAGACUCCAUUGAACAAAGAGAUUAUUGAAUGGUAUAGACAUAUCUACACUGCCCUCGGUGAUGCCUUUGUUUUACUUCUCGGAAACGUGGAAGAUUAUGAGAAUUUUACGAUGUCCAAGUUGGGAAAAGUAACUCGUCCCGGUCGGUCUAUGCUCAACCAAUCAAGGUUACAAUAUAUACGAAAAAUGAUUCAGACUGCUCUGGAAAAUCGAAUGCAAACGGUUCCAUCCUCCUUUGCAUUUUCUUUGCAAGGAGAGAAGGAAAGAAUGCUUAGUGAGCUUUCUGUUUCAACUGAAACGGGCCAGACAAAAUCCUCGUAUUUGAAUCCCUAUUUUCUUGACAGAGAGAAGAGCGAAUUUCGGUUUCAAAACUUGUUGGAAAACUCUAGACCGAAACAUAUUUUUAAGGUAAAUCGAGAUACAUGCAGAUUACCAAGCCUUGGCCAAGGAAGAACAUCGUUUGAUAAGAAGCCAAUAGCCUUGUUGAGCUUGCCCUUGUAAUUUUUGGAGGCGUCAAGCCUAUUGUAAAAAGAAAAAAGUAGGCUAUAAGUGUUCCACCUACACCCAUAUCAUUUUACUCUUGAAUGGAGGCUCUUUGAAGGACCUUAGCGUGUGUUAUAUCCCACAACACUUACAAUAUCUGAAUACAAAAUUAUGAUAGAGAGCAAUGCACAUAAAAAAGGACUCUGGAAUUUGUCGCCCGAAAACGACGAAAACAAUAAAAUUUUUAAGAAUGCAAAUUUUUGGAUCGUGAUA